CCCGCCGACACUGUUGCUGCCGGUGUUGCUGUACAUGUGAAACGCGGAAUCGUUGACCUCGCUCCCUUUGUGACGAUGUUGGGGCUGCGCCUGGGGCGCCUGAAGGUGAUUUGGCGUCGCCUGCGCAGAGUUGGCCGACAAGGACGGAUGUCGUGAUUCGCUGUCCACGCCUGAUGGUGGUGGAUGUGUACCACCCAUGUCGACGGUCAGCGUCGUUGUUGCCGCCGUCGAUGCCGGGUGUGAGGUCCUCGUCUGCUGCUGCUGCUCCUCCGUCGCUGGCGGUGCUGCUCUGGUCGAGCUCGACGAAGCCGCCGUCGACGAGGCGGUGAAGCGCAUACAUCCAUGUCCGCCCUCCCAGCCCGACCAAGAGGUGGCCAAAAAGCCAAAGAAGGCAGUGCCGAUGGCUUUGCAAGCACGCGAGAAGCCAAAGCCAGCCGUCGCAGCCCUCUCCUCGUCAAUGUCGCCGUGGUCGCAAGCUUGGAAACCGUCGCUGCUGUUCUCGCGCGCAGCUUUCGACGCCAGCAGCGAGCACAUGUCCGGCGAGAGCGGGAGGCCCAAGCCGUCUGCGGGCUGCAAAGUCGACGUGGAGCGCAGGCAGGUAGAGGUGAAGCUGGACGAGGUGGAGCUGGAGCAGGACAGCCUGGGCGAGGUUGCGGCACAGGAGCGGGAGCGUGGGCAUCGUCGCCAGCAGCCAGCUGUGCUCGGCGGUGAAGUGGCAGAGGCGCUCCUCGAGGGGCGUGAUGCGCAGGUAGACGUUGUCCAGCGUCUUGAUCCACGAGGCUGCCUCGGGCGAGUACAGAUUUGCCUGCACGUCCUCGAGCAUCUUGGCCAGAGCAAUGAGGCAGAGGAGCAGGCGCUGGGUCCACGCUGCCAUGUUGCUGUUGCUACUGCUGUUGUUGUUGUUGUUGCUGCUACCGCCACUGUGGGAAGUGCGGCUGCUGCGGUCGAGGAGCGCAUGGACAUCCUGUACGCACGGCAGCGGCACGUCGUGGCUGUCCGAGGGAAUCGUGGGCGCGCGCUUGAAGACGACGGCGACGGCCUUGUCGAGGCAGUAGAGUGCCCAAAAGAGAGCGAUGCGCUGGGCCCGGCCGCCGGGCACGCAGUCGAGUUGGCUGGCGACGUGGAGCUUGAGGCAGGUGGCCAGGCCAACGGCCGUGUCAAAGGUGUUGAGCCGCUCGAUGCGCUCGAGCUGGCCGGGCCAGUUGACCGAGAGCAGGAGCAGGGCCUGGAUGAGGUGCAGGUCGAGGGGGCCGCCAUUGCUCGCCGUCACGCGCGCAUGGACGGCCUCGGUGGCCGUGUGCCAGCCCUGAGCCUGCCAGGCGACGAGCUCGGGCUCGAGAGUGAGCGCAGAGCAGGCGGCCGUGGCGACCAUGGUAUGGAUGAGGUAGCCAGGCAGGUGUGAGGUCCGAUCGCCGCUUUGGCCGUCGCAAAUGGCCGCUGGCACAAUGAUGGUGUUCAACGAGCCCUCGAGGUAGAAGCGGUCGAGGAGCAUGCAGACGAGCGAGUGGCCCGAACUCUCAUGCUGCCGGCCUGUGGCAAAGUCGGUGAUGCACGGCGGCAGGUUCCAGCUCGCCCACGGUUCCUCGUUUGUGCUCGUCUCCUCAGCCAGUGGGGCAAGAGUCUGGGCUG